AUACUGCAUGUACUACAUCACCUGUAAUAUAAGUUUAAAUAUUAGGAAUUAAAGUGAGUUACACGUCAAUAAGAGGACCGAUGAGCUAAAAGAUUCUAAACAUUGGACUCCAACCCAAUCUGAAAGGGUUCAGAACGAUUUGGUUAUAUGUACCACCAAGCCUUGGCCAUUUCUCAAUUGAGUUAUUUCGAAACUACUGGAAUAUUAACUUUCAUUGAUUUUCUCGUUGAGUUUUUAUGAAAAUUACAUAUGCCUUGUCUAAUUGCCUUCCAAAUUCGCAAACGAGCGCAUCUUCCAUGUCCCACAUAUUUGUAAAAUAAGGGCGUUUGUGAUUUGAAACCGAGGAAACACGUUCGUUAAUCGUAAUUGGUAACUUAAGCAUAGGAAUAGGUAAAUAUUCGGCAGCAAUCGCUCGUCCUGGGAAGCCAAUUUAGAGUGGCAUGAGUGGCCAUCCAUCGGGACUCCGGAAACAUGAUGAUAAUGAGUGUAGUGGGCCACGACCACCAGUACCCGGAGAAGAGAGCCGUGUUAAAAAGAUGACCGAAGGGGUAACAGAGACCUCGAAAAAUUCACCGCCAUCCUACCUGAACUGGGCCCGUACACUAAACCACCUGCUGGAGGAUCGUGAUGGGGUCGAGCUCUUCAAGAAGUAUGUCGAGGAGGAGGCGCCCGCCUACAACGACCACCUCAACUUCUACUUUGCCUGCGAGGGCCUCAAGCAGCAGACGGAUCCCGAGAAGGUGAAGCAGAUAAUCGGUGCCAUCUACAGAUUCCUGCGCAAGAGCCAGCUGUCCAUCUCCGAUGACCUGCGUGCCCAGAUCAAGGCGAUCAAGUCGAACCCCGAUUUGCCACUUAGUCCGCACAUCUUCGAUCCUAUGCAGCACCAUGUGGAGGUUACGAUUCGCGACAACAUCUACCCCACAUUUCUCUGCUCGGAGAUGUACAUCCUGUACAUCCAGCAAAUGUCGGCGCUGCAGGAGCGAUGCAACAGCAGUGGCGCAACGGGUUCGGGAAGUGCCGGCAGCAGCGGGAGUGGCGGAAGUUGUGGCAGUAGUCUCGCAGGAGCGGGAGCUUGUGCCAUUCCAGCGGCGACUACUGUCAAGCAGCAGCAGCAGCAGCUGGUGCCGCCGGGUGCCUUUAUUAACCUGCCGGUGAGCAGCGUGAGCGGGCCGCCAGCUGGCACGUGUAGUGCCAGCGGCAGUGUGUACGGUCCCUCGACCUCGGCCAGCUCUAGCGGGUCCAUCAGCGCCACCGACACACUGCCCCGCAGCUCCACGCUGCCCACGCUGCACGAGGACUCGGUGCUGUCGCUCUGCGACGACUUCGAGAAGGUGCAGGUGCAGGACGGAGGCGGCGGCUCUGCAGGUGGGGCUCGUGCGCCCGACUACCCGAUGCGACUAACGCGGGACCUACUAAUAGCAACUCAGAAAAGAAGACUGGAAAUUCGACCUCCCGGUGCCCACGGUUAUGUAUACACUGCGAGCACCAACACCUCCUAUGUGCCCAAUUCGCGGGUCGAUUCGGAAAGGGCCAGCGUUAGCUCCGGCGGCCGCACCGACUCCGACACCAUGUCGCUCUCCAGUUGUUCCAUGGACGGUCGCCCUUACAUACAACGCAGACACAGCUCCACGGAGAGCAAGGCGAUACGCCAAAGUGCAAUGGCGAAUAAGGAGACCAAUACCUUUCAGGUAAUACCUCGCACACAACGACUACAUUCGAACGAGCACAGGCCAUUGAAAGAGGAUGAGCUGGUGGCUCUGCUGAUACCCAAGCUAGAGGAGGUGAAGCGAAAGCGAGACCUGGAGGAACGUGCCCGCGAAAGAAACCCUGGAGCUGCCAUACUGACCAACGAAAGAUCCAGCGCCAGUGAUCGUGCCUUUGCCGAGGCAAUACGGGAGAAGUUUGCUCUGGACGAGGACAACGACCAAGACAUUCUGGACCAGCAUGUGUCGCGGGUGUGGAAAGACCAAACACCGCACCGGUCUCCAGGCACAAUGUCGCCCUGCCCGCCCAUCCCAUCACGAAGGCGCACAGCCACUCACGACUCUGGAAUGGUCAGCGAUGGCGCUAUGAGCUUGAGUGGACACUCUAUGAAGCACUCGAAAUCUAUGCCUGAUCACAGUUCCUGCUCGAGGAAAUUGACAAACAAAUGGCCCUCCAUGAACACAGAUAGUGGGAUUAGCAUGUUCUCGGCCGACACUGUUACCAAGUACAAAGAUACGAGCUCCCGAUCCAGCUCAAGCACGGCCUCAAAACUGGAGGAAGCGAAACGAAGACUGGAAGACGAGCCGCGGCGCUCUCGUCGAUACGCCCAAACGCCGAUGCAACAGCCUCUGGCUUCCUUCAGCAGCAGCAGCAGUGGCGGAAGCAUAAGUUUGCCCCACCAACACCAGCAGCAGCUGCAGUCUAUGGCGGCGCCACCGCCUCUGCCGGCCAAGCCGCCGGAGACGAUAGUGGUGUUCUCGUUCUGCGACGAGCCCGUUCCGUACAGAAUAAAAAUACCCGGUACUCAGCCAACCCUGCGUCAGUUCAAGGACUAUCUGCCUAGAAGAGGUCACUUUAGGUUCUUCUUCAAGACGCACUGCGAGGAUCCGGACAGUCCAGUGAUUCAGGAAGAGAUUGUUAACGACUCCGACAUACUGCCCCUAUUCGGAGACAAAGCGAUGGGUCUUGUCAAGCCAUCCGAUUAAUAUUUAAGCAUUUAGUGUAGAUUUUGUAUUAAGGCCAAUCGUGAGUGACUUGGUGCACUGAUGCACGCGCUAAUACAAAAUGUAGAGAGGGAGUGGGAAGGCGAAGGCGAAAGCAUAGGCACCAAGUGUAUGCAUAUUAGAGCUAAUAACAGGAGAAGCUAUAUCCGAAAAUCAAAAGCAGUUAGGGCUUUUGUCAGCAUCAAAUACUACUCUCUGCGGCGAUAACAAUGUAUUUUUCUGUACAACAAACUGAUCGAUUCGAAAGGAAAAUCGUAAAUCCAGGCAGACAAUUUGGAGCUACUAGAAACUCAAGCAAACUCAAGCAAAAGAUAGUAUCCCCUUUGUGUUGAAAGCCAUAAAUUGAGCGUCCGAUAUGCAUUUUAGUCCCGUGGAAGUGUUUCAGAGUGGGGCAGAGAUUAUUAGAAACGGCACAAAACAAAAAAAAAAUCAAAUUUAUUAAGAAGAUUUAUGGGUUUUCCUCGAUUGGGAUUUGUUUGUUACUUUAUACUAACUACGGACUGCCUGCAAUAAAUUUUGUUAAUAUUUUUGUAAUGUGCAUUUUAUGAUGAUAUGAUGAUAUUAACAAAGUUCUAUUCAACUCGACAAAAAUCAAAA